AUGAGAGCAAGUUAUUUGAAGCUUUUGGGAACUUGGAAUGAAGUAUUCGGAGAGGAAAAAGUCAGAGAAAUUCAAAACAGAAUUCGAGGUUUGGAAGCCAGAACACCUGGUAGCACUGCAAUGGUCUCAGGUAAAACAACUACUAGUAAUGCAUUAUCUGCCUCGGAACAAGAACUUUUAGUGAAAUUAGCAGAUGCACUCAAAAGAAAUCCAGACUUGAUCAAUGAUCCUAAAACUGCUGCAUUGUUCUCUCAGCUGACUGCCAAGUUGAGUGGUAGUACAACGUCAUCUUCAUCAUGGAUAAACGCUUCUGCAACAGCCAUGAAUCCCUAUGCUGCUUCAAAUAUUCCGUCAUCCUUAAAUCCCUAUGCCACACCAUCCCUUGGAGCAAUGCUUGGACACAAACAACAACCUGUACAAAUGUAUCCUGGUGGUCAUUCCCUGACAACCACACCACAAUCACUUGUUGGUUUGCCUUCCUCUUCUGCCUCCUCCUCCUCUCAGAUGAAUAAACCUACAUCAACAACAAGUAAGGGUGUGCAUCGUCUCUAUGAUGCGCUCUCUCAUCAAUGUAUGAAUUGUGGUGUGAGAUUGGCCACACAAAAACAAUUAAGCGAACAUUUGGAUCUUCAUUCCAAGACAACUCAAUUCUUUAGAACGAAUAAGGACUUGUCACGCAAGUGGUAUUUGAGUGAAGAUGAAUGGAUGACUGCACCCACUCUUCCCACAAGUGCUCUUCACUGUCCAGGCAUCAUUAUAUUUGCAGACUCUUUUUCUGGUUUGUUACACCAUCGAGGUAAGGGCUCUGCAUCAUCAGCAUCCUCGGCCUCUUCCUCCUCUCUUUCCACCAAACCCAUUUCAGCACUUGAUUUCUUCCAGACAGGUCCAAAAACUUCAACCACUGCAACUGGCACGUCAACCUCAAUGAAAAAUAACAACAUAACAAAACAAGAAGAUGUUGUUGCAAAUACUGAACAAGAUACAUGUCCUAUUUGUCACGAGGAACUCGACAAGUAUUACAAUACAGAGACCAAUGAAUGGAUGCUUCGAGGAGCUGUUUUUGACGAGUCCUCUCAACUCUAUGUCCAUAACUUUUGUGCUCCCUCUGCUGCUUCGUCUAAUUUAUUGAAAAGAAAGACCAUGAUGGAUGGUAGCGGUGAAGAUGUUGCCUCGAGUGAUGAUGGUGGUAGCGAUGGCAACACCUCAUCAUUCGAACCAUCCUCUAAGAAAGUGAAACAAGAGCAAUGA